CAGACGAACAGGGAGUGUGGCAUCCGCUUCGUUACACAAUGACCGAAAAUCCGCAUAAAACCGUACAUUUUCAAAUCGUUUGUGUUCUGGAUACUUUCGUUGUGUGAUUACAAAUGUUGAAUGAUGGCAGCCUGCAUGAAUCGGGGUCCCCACACGAUAUGAGGCGUAGCCAUGUCUACCCAGGAACCCAAGCCAGAGGCCUUCAACCCUCUCGACAUUCUUGCUACAGCAGCUGCUCUCAAACAAGUUGAUAAAGGUCAAGGGGAUAAAGGUCACGAAGACAAAGGUCAGGGACAGACCAUGACUCAGUCGUCACCAUCCAACAGUCAGGACAGUGUUACAGAUAAUAAUACUGAUGCUAAAACCAGUAGUGAUAACAAAAACGGAAAUAAUGGUGUUCAUGUCAGGAAAAUCAGAGUGCUGAAAAUAACCUCGGACAUAGAAAAAAUGUUGGACGAACAUAAUUAUGGAAAUUCUCGUAAAAAUUAUGGAAAGCCUUCUAGUUCAUGGCCUGAGACAAGUGUUAAGGACAGGAAAGUAAUUGUUACCGUGGUGAACGGGACAGGUGAUCAUACAGUGGUAAAAUCUAUUGAUUCCGUGGGGCCUUCAGGGGAUGAUGUGAGGGCCUCAGGUGACAGGAAGAUGGACAAUGAGGGUGACCAGGUGAAUCACACAGGUGAUACAGGUAGCCCGUCAGAGGCCGGCCAAGAUAACGAGGCAGAGGCCAGUAAGAUAAGCCGAGUAAGUGGAGACUACUCCGUCAGUACAGAGAUCAAUGAUAGUACAGAGUCUAGCGUAGAUAGCACCUCAUGUACAUGUACUGAUAAAACACUGUGUUCAUGUGAGAAUGUACGCAUCAGUGUUGCUCCAUGCCUGGGUGGCGAUACCUCAUGCAUGUCGGUGUCUGCAUCACCGGAGGGGAAGGAGUGCUCUUGUGAUAAUAAUAAACCUAACAGUGAAAAUGCACCUCAAACAGAACAAGAAUCCUCCCCAGGUGAUGUAACAGACCAUCGGUCCAAAUGUGACAAUAAACAAAUAGUACAACCAUCUGUAGCUGACUCGGGUGGGUCAAAUUGUGAUACAGACAGCCAUUGUGAUGGUUCCUCAGGAGAUCUCACAUCCUGUCAGCUGGAAUCGAACAGCACAUCUAGUUCAGUAGUAAUGGACGAGUCCUCAAAACAGAAAAGUCACCACAUUCGUAUGGUUUCUCACACCAUGCCCAACUCGGAGACAGAUCUCUGUCAACCUCAGACUAUGGUGAUAAAUAUCAACCACAACAAGGAGGCUGUCCAAUCCGAUAUUGGUUGUCCAACGUCCAACGCAGCACAGUCGGUAGUUACCAGUUCAUUAUCUAAUUCUAAGGAUGUGUGUUUGGAGAGUGAUGACAAUUGUGUUGGGGAAUCUGUAUCUGAUAAACUUGGUAAUCCCUCCAGUAUUACAGACACUGGCACAGAUAGUACUACCGCAGUACAACCUGCUCAACAGGCUGCGCUGCAACCAUCUACCUUUUUGAAACAAAAUUGUGCAUCAGAACCAGAGACAGUCGCAAGUUACAGCAAUAGUGUUGCUCUGGCAGGAGACAAUGGUGAUUGUGAUGUAAAUGAUGGAAAAGGACCAUCAGAUAUAGGAAGUGACAAACUUGGCUGUAAAAAACCUAUAGCUUCUACAUCAUCAAUGGAAAAUAUAGGCAGUCCAGAGUUUGUUGAUAUUCCAGAACAAUCUUCUGAGAAACUUUUGGACGAUGAAAUGUUCAAAGAAAGCAGUGACAAUAAUAGUGCAUUUGAUGACCCAACUUUUUCAAAUUCUAGCAGCAAAAUUUUCUUAAAAACUGAACCGUGUUUGGAAAAUCAUCAAAUCAGUUCUUGUUUGAAACCACUUGUACAAUCUGGACGUAGUGAUGAAACCAGUUCACCAGCUUCGGCAGAUCACUGUUACGCUGGAUUAUCCGAGACAGAGCCGAAACCUGUCAGAAAAAGUAUAAGGUUACAGUCCGCGGACAGCCUCGUCAGUGAUUUAUCUCAAGACAGUGGUUUUGUGGAAGUUUCACCUGGGACUCCGUGUGGGAGUAAAAUGUUUCCAAAUAGGCUAAGUGACACACCCGUCGACCAGAAAAUGGAAACUGGAAGUUCGGACUCAAGUCCGGAAAAUUUAGAAAUUAGAAAUAUUAAAAAUUUCCUUGUUACGUCCAGCACUGCAGGAAUUCUAAGUCAGGAUCUUAGUGAUGUCAACAAAACACGAGACGCUAUCAUUGCAUUAAUGCAACAGUCGUCUUCAGAUAGUGAAGUGACAAACUUGCAGCCAGUGACACCUGUAAAGUCAAAUAAGGUGUUGGUUCCAAAUAAAAAUGUGUCUCCGAAAAUCGGAAAGUAUCGUAUUGGAACGUUUGGAUCUGUGAGUAAUUCAGCAAUGGGACUUGAGUCACCCAAGAAAAAGCAGUCAGCACAAGUGUUCACAGCAAAACAGUCGUCAAAGGAAUUAGGGAGUUGUACAUCUCUAUUAGGUAAACUCAAUGGAUCAGGGAGAUCUGUAAUGCCAUGUAUUGUUACUAGUGCAAAUAACGGACCGCAUGUAACGGUGAAAGAUUCAGCUGUUUCCAUGGAAUCUCCAAACACAUGGAAAGGCCAUGUGGAGCACGACCAUGAUUACUGCCUUCCUCCCGAGGCAGAAUCCUCCAGCCCUCACCUCAUGGCAAAAUUGUUGAAGGAUACCUCCAUGAAGAAUGUUUUAAAAUGCAGUGGGCGGGAAAAAAGGGCAGAAUCUAAUGAAUCCAGUGGCAGCACUGGUAAACGACCAAGGAGAGUAAGUCUGUCGGGAAGACCAGAUUUAUCUCGUAAUAGCAGUACAGAGUUAUCUUCCCCUAACAGUCUGUCAAGCUCUCCUAUCGACUUCCCAGUUGUACAACCCCAUAUGACAGCAAGGCAGAGAGCUAAGGCAGAAAAGGCAGCAGAAUAUGUCAAAAUGGGUAACUCGGACUCAAAAUUAAAAAUCACAGGGAAAUUCCAGGAUGAUUAUAUUUACUUUCUUAACACAAAAGUUCGCAGUAGACGAAGGACAAACAGUCAAGAUUUGCCUCCACAGUUACCUCCCGAUAGGAUCGUAGUGCCAACUCCUAAACCGGGUGAUAUUGUGGUGCCCCAUUUAACUGAUGCGGACCUAGAGGCUAUCAGACUUGGGAAACAUGCUUCAAUAAAGUCUGCUGCUUCUUCGUCAGGAUUAGGAGGUCUAUCCGUCUCUGCCUCUCUAUCUCAGAGUCUUAAGCAUGUACAAUCGUCACCGUCCAUCAUGGUGACGUCCUCCCCCCUCACAGAGACAUCAAAGCCAGGUGUGUCGUCCACUGGUCCCAUGUCUGACGAAGAAAGCAAGAUAAUCAACACAAUUCUGAGUAUGGAAACUGGUGAUAAUACAAGUACUUCAGCUUCCUCAACUUUGCCUUCCGAAGUAGGAACUGAAGUACCCAGCUUGUCCCUCCCAAAUCCGGACACUUUUAACUUCCUACCGGAGCAGAUGAACCUGACUCCAGAGCAAUAUGAGAUAUUGUAUAGUGCUAUGGACGAGGUCCAAGGGUUUGAAGACUUGGACUGUGGGCCGCAUUCUCCCACAUCUCAGUCUGAACUUUCCGAGGACACAACCACUCCCACAGAACCCAUGGGACCACAAGGGAAACUAACGGAAAUUAUGUCGUCUACCACGGAGACACUGCAGGGCACACCGGAUACAGCUACUCACUCUGUGUCUAGUGAUAGACAGGACGUUCCAUCAGAGUUUUCACCUAAAAUUGACAGUGUCAUCCCAUCCACUACACAACCAGAAUCCCUGGAGCCAGUUAGUGAAAGCCAACCCAAAGUUGUUCUCCCAAGCCUUGCAAGUGAACCAUCGAGUCAGCAGGUUUUAGCGAAAUGUGAAGACAAGCCGCUCACGGUGAAGUCACUUUUACAGGCGAACGGAGCUGCUAAGUCUCUCCUUCAGCCAGGCAGUACUGGAGAACAAACUGGACAACAACUUUCAGUUCUGACGCAUGGGAUUGUGGGUCCAGCAACUACUGUUCAGUCUUUGUUGAAGACAGAACAGCACAAAUCUCUCCUAACAUCAGACAUUCCAGGUCCCAGUACUGUCAGUAGCGUUCAGGACCUUCCGUUUACUUCCCUGGAUAAAUCUUCAACACAGGACCUCCCUUUUACCUCCCUUGAAAAAUCUUCGUUAGAUCUCUUUGAAAAUGACCUCAAGUUAUUUCCGGAUUCGACAGUCCCAGACAGCACUAAUGUUCCUACUAGCAUUCCACCCACAGUGUCCCCGGCACCCCCUCCAUCAGACUACAGCGCCCCCUGGAUUGUCACUGUUAGUAUGUUCUGGAAUGAUUUACCUGCCAUCAUGAUUGACAAUUUACCUUUUGUUCGUUUGGUAGAUAUUCAUAAACAAAUCUUGCCAGCGAAAGAUACAGGAAUUCUGAAAAAGAGGUGCCAGUUACUGGGAAUUAAUGUAGGCAACUGUUCAGAAAUGCAGCGCUACUUUCUUGUCCAGUAUGGCAAGGCAUUUAAUUCAAAAAGUACAUUGAUUGUGGGGAAGAACGAUGCCAAGAUGUUGAUCGGGUACUAUGUUAACCCUGUCCCCAAAACUGUGCGAGGAGAGGAGUCGCUGGUGGGGCGUAGUCUAGAGGAGCAUCGUGUGGGGUCGUCAAGGUUCUCCAAGGUCAGAGGAGGAGCCAAGGUCAAGGACCACGUCACAGAACCAAGGGUGCUUGAAGUGUCGACAGUGCCAUCUGUCCCAUCACAACCUGAUGAGAUCCCUAUACGGCCUUUACCCCUUCAGGAUGUUACAGUCACCAGGACUGCGGUUUCUGCCUUGUCAACUCCAACAGCGGAUUCUGUGUCGCAGUCAACAUCCCAGCCAGGACGCGUAUCACAUAGAACAAGACAUAAGAAAAUAAAUUUCCUUGAAAUGUUGAAAGGGGACGCCAAUAACAACACUAGUUUGGUGGAUAAUGUUUCACCCCAGGGCCCAGUGCCGGUUAUAGAGGAAAGCGUGUGUGAGGGUAGUUCACCCAGCAUUGUCACGCCAGCAGACGACAGUAUAUCGAAGGAAAAGUUAGUGAAAAGAAAUGUUCAUGUGAAAAAUGUGAGGAUAUCGUCUAAUAAGAUGAAGAAUAAGAUAACCGUCAACAGAGAUAGAGUCAAGGUAAAAAAGGGCAAGGAACAAGUACCCGAGGAACAGAGCAUGGGAGAGAGUGAAUGUGAAAAUCGUGUAGAGGAGGAGGAAGAGGAAGUAGUCGAAGAAGUCAAUGAUAAACUCCCGUUCUUCAUUGGCAAACGAGGAGCUAAGAAUAACGAUCGUGAGCAGAUGGCAAAAAAAUUAAAAAUCAUGAAAAGUCGAAAGCCUGGGGCGUUAAAAGUGAAAUGGAAGAUAUUUGGCAAAUCAAAUAGUGCGAAAAGAGUUAUGUUCAAUAAAGGUAGUAAUAACAACAAAGCUGACUCGCGCGCAGAAAUUCUUGCUGUUAUUCAUAAGGACAUGGUGCCCAGAAAUGGACACAAGCAUAGAAUGCAGGCAGGAAAUGUGUUUCUGGACCAGUAUAAUAGAAAGGACUCGACCUGCAUUAGAUGCUGCACUUGUAAAAAACUGCUGUCUGUUGACAUGUUUCUUAUACAUCUACACGAAAUUGGGGGCAGUGGUAAACUGUUGUCGGUCAGUCAACCCCAGGUGAUAUCUCUCCGCGACUCCUACCCGUCGGAAACACAGAAAAGACUUUGGGAAAAUUUCCAAAAACGACGUAGAUUACAUAGUAACAAUAGUGAUCGGUCUAAAAACAAUGUUGUGGAAAAUGUAGAAAAGGCACCCGAGGAAGUAUUACCUGUGUCAAGUAAAAGGGUAGAACAAAGGAAAAAAGUGGUUAACGAGAGACUAACAAACCCAGCAAAGGUCCCUCUACGGCACGCGAGUGUGCCGGCCAUUCAGGCUCCUGUGACACUUACAAACGGCAAUGUCAGAAUUAGUGCUAGAAAACGGAAACAAAAGCAGCUAUAUCCUAUUGAAAACUACAGCUUUUCUCGCAAAGGGCACCAGAAAAACAUUCAGAUAGAUUCUGAUGGGGAUGAGCCUCUCUCUCCGAACGGACUCGAGGUGAAUGUCGAGGAGGUUGGCUCCCCCACCAAGGUCAUGAGACUGUUACCAACGGUAUUGGACGGUAGUUCUAGUGUUGGUGUUGAGAGGGUCGUACCCGAGGUUGGCCAAGGGAGUGUUCUUACCUUGGCCAAUGGACCAGAAGUGAUAAGUUUUACAGCCCUUCAGGAGGAUGAGGCGAUGGACAUGGAUUAGAUUGUUUUUUAUAGUCUUCUAAUUAAGCUGUUUUCACAUUCAGUUAUAUGUUAGUUUAAAUUGACGUCACUUGAUGAGGCUGGUGUUUGUUUCUAAUUCCUUGUGUAUGUUGAACCAAGUAUAUAUCUGUUUUUCUGAAACUCAUCAUGUAGCCUGUAGAAAUCGGUAAUGUGGUUUACACGGUGCGGCAUGUAUUAUGUAAACUGGAACAUGUACACCCAUUAGAUCAAUGCAAUAUUUUCAAAUCAAGAUUAAAAUAACGUUGGAUGUUCAGUUGGUUUUCUAGAAAUCAAAUUAUGGAUUAAUGUAAUCAUUGGAAAUUUUUAAAGUUUUUUUUUUUUUUUUUUUUUUUCGUGUUUGGAGUUAAAUUUAUUGAUGCAUGUUUUUACAACCUUGUUUCUGUUCUAACUUUGUCAUAUUGAUAUUGUAAAACCAGUAUGACAGCUAUUGAUAGAAUCGUCAAUACAUAAAACGUUCAAUGUUUCCUUUCAAUAUAGGCUUUUGUGGCAUAUUGGUACGUGUGCAUAACACUGUAUAUUAUGCAGAAAAGUGGUCCAAUGUAUAGAUGAAGAAAAGAAACAUGAAUUAAAUUUAUCCCAGCAAAUAAC